CACACACCCUAACACAGUCAUCUCUAAAAGCAGUCCCCACUUCCUCUCUUCGUCGCUGCAUGAGUGUCAGUGUGUGUGUGCUGCAGUUUCUGUUUGUCGCCCGGCUAUGUAAACGUCGCCGCUAGUGCGUAUGUGUGAACACCAUCCGCUAGUCUGUGUGUGUGUGUGUGUCUCUGUGUGUGUGUGUGUGUGUGUGUGUGUGUGUGUGGGACACCCCUGUGUGUUCUCUUGGUGACAGGCGUGUCAGUCAGAUGGGCUCUCUUUAGACAGCCAGGUGACCGACACGCAGACGGGACCGCAACUGCCCCCCCGCAACACACAUAACCGCAGUUGUGUAUCUACUGAUGAUUCUGAUGACUAUGAGGAACCGGAUCCUGCAGUCUCUCUGCCAGUAGACAUGGCCAACAAGGACGGCUUUCUGUCGGUGCCGGGUACCAAGGUUCGCUACAGCAGCUUGUGCAGCGAUGACGAACUACUGGACGAAGAGGAACACACAACCAACCGCCGUAAGUCUUGGCAGGACUAUGGCCUGAGUACUCUGGGCAGCAUCUACCUGCCCUCCUCUGGGCGUCUAUCAACCACUCUCCCUGCCCAAGACCUCGCCUCUAGCCAAUCAGGAGCCAUCAAGACGGGCUGGCUGGACAAGAGCCCGCCUCAGGGGUCUCUGAUCUUCCAGAGGCGUUGGGUGAAGCUGGACUCUGACUACCUGCGUUAUUAUGACAACGAGAAGGAGGUGUAUUCGAAGCGCCUCAUCCCCACCAGCGUGAUUACGGAGGUGCUGAGUGUCGGAGAUCAGAAGUUUGAGGUCGUCACAGACCAACGCACCUUCCUGUUCAGAGCCGACAGUGACGCUGAGCGUAGUGAGUGGGUGCGAGUGCUACAGGAAGUGAGGUCACAGCAUGGCGAGGUCGCGACCUUUCACCUCUGGGAAGCGGCGGAGCAGCAAGGCUACCUGGAGCUGCGUGGCCUGCGCUCUAAACUCUACAUUGUGGCCGCCGCCGACAAGAUCUACCUCUACAAGAACCAAGAGGAAUUUAAGAUGGGCAUUGGCAUCACUAGUAUUGACAUGAAUGUUGGGAACAUCAAGGAUACGGAUCGCAGAGCAUUCGACCUCACCACUCCCUACAGGAUAUUCAGUUUCGUGGCAGACUCGGAGCAGUGUAAGGAGCAGUGGGUGUGUGUGAUGCGUGAGUGCAUCUCGGUGGCGCUGUCCCACUCGGAGGUGUGUGAGCGCAUCUGGGAGGAGCCAUCCAACGCCAGCUGUGCCGAUUGCUCCGCCCCUCGGCCCGAGUGGGCGUCUAUCAAUCUCUGUGUGUGUGUCUGCAAGCGCUGCGCAGGUGAACACAGGAGUUUGGGGCCGAGUAUCUCGAAGGUGCGCAGUCUGAAGAUGGACCGAAAGGUGUGGACAGAGGAACUCAUACAGGUGUUCCUGUUGCUAGGUAACGAGCGGGCCAACGGGUUCUGGGCGGCUAACGUGCCCCCUAGCGAGGCGCUGAGUACGGACAGCACUAGUGAGGAGAGGAAGCGGCACGUCAGCUCCAAGUACCGACACGGCAAAUACCGACGGUACCACCCACUAUACGGACACCAGGCCGAACUGGACCGGGCGUUGUGUGUGAACGUGCAGUCAGAUGAUUUGCUGGAGUCUCUGUCGCUCAUCUUCUGCGGUGCUGAUGUGAACGGUUGUCGCGGCGACGCGGAAGGCGCCUCCCCCUUGCAGCUGGCUCAGAGCCACGGCCAAUUACUGCAGCUGGAGCUGCUGAACCACAACCGCAACACCGAGCUGCCCAGGCUGGAGGUGGAUGCUGUCAUGGAGACGGUUCACUACUUUGCCCCGCCCAGCGUGACUCAUAAUGGCUUCCUCUUCAAGACUGCCUCCAUGAACCGGCCAAUCGCUGAGCGCAAGGCCAAGGAGGAGUUCAGUCGUCGCUGGUGUGUGUUGAAUGACGGCGUGUUCAGCUACUAUGAGAGUGAUAAGAACGCCACACCCAAUGGCGGCCUGAAGACACGAGAAAUCGUCUGUCUCGCCGCCAACGCGCAGCUGAAGCACGGCUAUAGCCAUACGUUUGAGCUGUAUUCGGAUGCUGAGCGGCUGUACCUGUUCGGAGCUGACGACGCUGACACCGUGCGAGACUGGGUCAAGUCCAUCGCCAAGUCGUUUCUGCCUGCGUGUGCGGAGUGGUUUCUGCAGUGUGAGUUUGGGCGUGUGGGCCGCCUGCGCUGUAAGGACAGCCUCCAUCUGCACUCGCCCCGGAUCGGCUGGUUCUGUCUGGAGGGCUCUGCUCUGCACAUAUGCCUGGACAGCCACACACACGAGACCAUCCACCUGCACAAACUCAAGGAGCUCUCAAUUCAACAAGACAAUGAAGUAUUGGUGCUGGUGGAGAAAGGAAGGUCUCUGUAUAUUGAGGGGGAGCGUAAGUUGGACUUCGCCGGCUGGUGUGCGGAUAUCCAGAAGGCGGCCAGUAGCUGUGGAGACUCCCUGAACCAGCAGCAGCUCACGGACACAGACGUGCCUGUUAUAGUGGAGAGGUGUAUCACAUACAUCACACAGUGCGGCAUGAGUUCGGAGGGUAUCUACCGCAAGAGUGGUGUGAACAGUCGCGUGGCGGCGCUGUGUGAGGCGUUCCGGGGAGACGCGCGGAGUGUGUUCCUGAAGGAGGGAGAGCAGCAGCUGGACGACGUGGCCAACACACUCAAGCGCUUCUUUAGAGACCUCCACGACGGCCUCUUCACACACACGCCGCAGGCCUGGCUACAAGCCACAGCUAUACCUGACGACAGUACUCGCAUAUCUGAGUAUCAACAGCUACUCAGCACUCUACCCCAAGUCAACAACGCAACGCUGUGUGCUCUGGUCAACCACCUAUACUGUGUGCAGUGUUAUGCUGAUCGGAACCAGAUGACGCUUCAUAACUUGGCCAUCGUGUUCGGCCCCACGCUCUUCAAGACAGACGGCAAAGAUUACACAGCCGGCCGCGUCAUCGAGGACCUCAUACAGCACUAUAUACACAUCUUUAACGUGGAUGAACAACAACUGAAGAAGCAGUUGGAUGAGAUCGCCUUAAUAAUUAAGAUCAAAGACUUGGAAAACCUCAAACCUGCACCGCCGGGAGGGCAUUUCAUCUGUACAGUCUAUCUGGAAGAGAAAAAGGAGUCUGCCGAACAGCUUGUAAAGAUCCCGGGCAGUAUGAGUGCGUUUGAGCUGGUGUGUGAGAUUCUGGACCGGCGGAACAUCAGUGUGCGGGAGAAGGACUACUGGUGCUGCUUUGAAGUCAAUGAGAAGGAGGAGACUGAGCGGAUGCUUCACUAUGAGGAGCGUGUUCUUCCUGUAGUCCACUCUCUGGGCACCGACAGCCACCUGCUGCUGAGGAAGCACCUUAGCAUGGAGGCUAUGCUAAUCUAUAUAGCCAGUAAAGUGGAUGUGAGCAGACAUGGCAUGAUGCGUUUUCGAGAGGAGCGCAGUCUGCUGCCGACCAGCUUCAACGAGAGAUACUUCAUCCUGACCAACACCUCAUUACGCCUCUACAAGGAAGUACGGAGUAACCGUGCGGAGAGGGAGUGGCCUGUGAGGUGUCUGAAGGUUUAUCACGGAAUCAAGAAGAAGCUACGGCCUCCUACAUGCUGGGGUCUGACGGUGAUGUAUGAGAGCGAGAAGCCUGACAAACAAGAGAAACAGCAAUGGUAUUUGUGUUGUGAUACCCAGGCUGAGAUGAGGGAGUGGUUUGCUACCUUCCUUAGUAUACAGCAUGAUGGUCGUAUUUGGCCAGAGGGCGGCAGUGGCGGGGUGUGCGUGCGCUCCAGUUCGUCCGCGAUGCCCGAGCGUCGUCUUGGUAACGUGUCCCUCAUCCCUCUCCGUGGCAACGAGCGCGAUAUCCGCAACAGUGUCGCCGCCUUCAGUGCCGGCCCCCUUGAUCCCCUCGCCCUGAGAGCACCUGUUGAACACCUGAGAGACUCCUCAUUACAAUAGACACAAGGACAUCAGCGUUCACCGUGACAGCAAAUGGACCCCCCCCCCCCCCAAAAUGUCCACACAGAGACACACACACACACACACACACACACACACACACCACAGUUGGUGUUCAUCUCGCUGACAGAAGACACAAGAACAGGGACGAGCAGAGCAGACUGGACCUGUACACAUGAGUCGAAGUGUGUGUGUAGGCGUGCGCGCGCGUGUGUAUGUUGACUUUUGAAAUUCAAACACAUCAAUGAAUAGAAGAGACUUUGAAAAUAUUCAGUGAGAAAAUGACAAGACAAACACCAACAUUCCAUCUUCAGCUGUAGGUCUUAAAAACACACGCACACACACACAUACACAGACACACACCUUCUAAAUGUGUGUGUGUGUGUAUAAUUGUGAGAUUUCCGUGUGUGGUCUUUGUUAACAUGCGUUGGUAUCUGAUGGACAUUGUUAAUGUGAUUAUUUAAUUGUCAAUAAUAAAUAUAUUGCAUUUAGUUGAAUAAAAACGAUGCAGUGUCUUUGUGUCUUUAUAUAAAUGUCAAUAAAUAUA